UUUGCGUCCUGCGCCUCAGUGACACCGUGCGUGUUUUCACCGUGUGAAGCUCUCCGGAAGCAAAGUUACAGCCGUUACAUGUGAGAAGCGACUGGGAUUUAUCGCCUCUUGCAUAAUAAGAAUAAUAACAACAACAACAAGAACACACGGUCAACGCGUCAGGGCAGCAGCGCGCGCUGUUGAGGUCGACAGUGGAGCGGACCUGUGACUGAAGACGGACAGCACCGGGGGACCGGGACCAGGACCAGACUCUGCAGUCUGAGAAUUGCCCUGCAUAUAAAGAUCAACCUCACCUUUGUGUGAACUUUGAAAACUUCUGCUCUCUCUUUUUUUCGGGGGGGAUUUGGAGACUUUGGCACACUUUUACGCACGCCUCCGUGGAAGCAGCGCAACCUCCAAAUUAAGAGUGUUACGAAACUUUCACGCCGCGACAUGCUGCAGUGACUUGAGUCCACCGUCCGUGGACUUCAUCUGAAAGUUGUAAACAGCGGGAGGGAGGCGACGGGAGGGGAGGGCGAUGCCUGGAAAGUAACUCUGACGCACCGAGCACCGACUGCUUGGAUCGAGCACAGGCGAGGACAGUUAAUCACAGGGAGAGAAGCAAGUGGACUGCGGGAGAGGUGAAGCGAGGACAAGACAGGUUGGUGUCUCCACAUUUCACCGGACUCGAGUUUCAGCCGCAGCGGGGGCCUCCUGGUAUUAAAGCGCAUUUGAGGUGGGAUAAGUUGUCAACAAGAGCAGGCGAGCGGAGGUGAACUGGCAGGUGUACAAGUUCAUUUACAUGCAUACGUAUAUUCACGCCACUAUAUAUAGAAGUUGUCUUAGGGACGAGCAGCCUUAAUAAGUUUCUCCACCCACCCGCUGGCCCCGCUGCAGCCCCGCGCACCGGGCGUGUGCGUGCGUCUAUAUAUACACCGCACAGGCUUUUAUUCCCCUUCGCAAUCUGUAUCCCAGAGCGCUGCCCGCCGUCGGUUUGGCUGUGAGGGCAGGAGUCGUCGCAUGGACUGACAUGGCCACCGACCUCGCCAUGAGCGCAGAGCUGCCCAACAGCCCGCUGGCCAUCGAGUACGUCAACGACUUUGACUUAAUGAAGUUCGAGGUGAAGAAGGAGCCGCCGGAGGCCGAUCGCUACUGCCACCGCCUCCCGUCGGGCUCCCUCUCCUCCACGCCGAUCAGCACACCCUGCUCCUCCGUGCCUUCCUCGCCCAGCUUCUGCGCCCCGAGCCCGGGCGCGCAGCCCAACCAGAGCCUCUCCAGCGGGGUCAACGGCAGCAGCGGCGCCAGCAACAACAGCAGCGGCACCAAUAAUCACAGCAACGCGGGCGGCAAGCCUCAGCUGGAGGACCUGUACUGGAUCCCCAGCUACCAGCACCACAUCAACCCCGAGGCGCUCAACCUGACCCCCGAGGACGCGGUGGAGGCCCUCAUCGGCAACGCACACCACCAUCACCACCACCACCAGGCCUACGAGGGCUUCCGCGGGCAGCAGUACGUUGGCGAGGACCUGUCCACGGCCUCGACGGCCCACCACCACCAGGCGCAUCAUCACCACCAUCACCACCACCACGGCCACCACGUCCGCCUGGAGGACCGCUUCUCCGACGAUCAGCUGGUCAGCAUGACGGUGCGGGAGCUCAACCGGCAGCUGCGCGGCUUCAGCAAGGAGGAGGUGAUCCGCCUGAAGCAGAAGAGGCGCACGCUGAAGAACCGCGGCUACGCGCAGUCCUGCCGCUUCAAGCGCGUCCAGCAGCGGCACAUGCUGGAGACGGAGAAGUGCACGCUGCAGAGCCAGGUGGAGCAGCUGAAGCAGGACGUGGCGCGUCUCGCCAAAGAGAGGGAUCUUUAUAAGGAGAAGUACGAGAAGCUGGCGAGCCGGACCUACAAUACCGGCGGACCCGCGAACACAAGAGAUCCGUCCGGGAAACAGGCCAACACCGACUUCUUCAUGUGAGAGACUCGUGAUUUAUUUGUAGCAUAGACUGUGAAGAACUGCGCCGUCACCCACGAACACAACAACUUUAAUUUAUAUACUUUUUAUUUUUCUGCCUUUGUGUUUUUUGUUUACAGUUUGACAACAGAGACUUUUGAAAAAAACCACCGCAUCUUAACAAAUACGCAGCAGUGGCGCACAAAAGUAAUCCUUGUGCGCACUGUUUCAGUCUUAAAGGUGUUUUUUUUUCCUGUUUGUUUGUUUGUUUGUUUUCGGCUCAGCUUCAGUUCAGCCCACAGCGACCUGUCAUGUCGUGACGUGGACACAUGGGAUCAUGAUGUAAACAUGACUGUCUUAACUCAGAGGUGAUUUCGUCUUAAAGCUUAUGGGGUGAGGAGUUUUUUUUUUCCUUUUCCUUUUUUCUCUUUUUUAUUAUUAAUGACACUGGACUGACACAGAAGCAGAGACAAAAAAAAAAAGCAAUACACCGCCUCUCCUUUCAGCUCCACGGACUGUUCGUGUCACAGAGUGGGGGCGGCCUGUGACGCAGAGAAUGAACAAACACUUUUCUCUCUCUUUCUCUCUCUCUCUCCCCCUCCAAACAAAAACUUGCAAGUCUAUAUAUUAUUAUAAUUUCCCCAUCCCCACGUGCAACCCAGCAUGCAGGACAUGUAUGGAAACCUCCAGUCAUCUCCCACGAUCCUUCCACAUGUAUGGAAAGCAUGGCCCACUGUUCUCUCCUCCUCCUCCUCCCCAUCCCUCUCUCCCUCUCCCUCUCAUCCUUCCUCCCCAUCCUUUCAGGCCUGGGUAAACGCAAGAAGCCACUGAAAAUGUUUUCCUCCAUUAAAAUAGAAAUAAAAAGAAAGUGAGAGUGGAGCAAGGACAGAGGACUGAAACACACAAAUGAACAAUCUGCUUCUGCGAGAAACAACAACAUGGAUGCGUCUUUAACUGCUAUUUUCAAUCAUUUUUUUAAUUGUUUUAAAGAAGAAAAAAACAACACAGAUAACCUGAGCCAGAUUUUAGACUUUACUGUAUUUAUUUCCAAAACUGUACAUAAAUAACAUGUGGAGAAGAGAGAGCGAGCGAGCGAGCAGUAAACUGUGGUCUUUUACCUUCUCUCUCUCUCUCUCUCUCUUUUUAAAGACAAACUGCUUUUGUUUUUCUCUUUUUUCUGUUGCUCGGAUUAUUCGACAUGUCUUAAUACAAAUGUUUGUAUGUUGCAGCAUGCAAAUCGUCUAUGCUAUCCUCUCCUCCUCCUCCUCCUCUUCCUCUUCCAUGUGUAAUGUCAAACCUUAACUGCACUAAGAUGAGAUCAAACUGGGUGUAAAUUUGAUGGACAAGGCUCUGCGUUCGCUGCUAAAACUCUAUGCACCAACCUGAUGAUUUUAAAACGAAGGGAGACUUUGGUUAAACUGCAUUUUCUUUGUUUUUUUACUUUAGAUAUUUGUAAAAGGAACACUUUCUGGGGCCUGCGGGGUUUAUUUACUCUGCAGCCUGGUGUCUUAAUAAGAGUGGAUGAUGGAUGGAUGGAUGGAUGCUUAGACUCUGUCCAAGAAAGGAGGAAAAAAGCUUAGAUAUAAUGUGCAAUAUUGUGCAGAAGUGUCCGAUGAUUAGAUCAGUCCACCUGUUGGAUCGGAGGCACGUGCAGGGAGAGAGAGGGAGAGAGGGGGGAUAAGAAAAUAAAAAGCAAACGCACACAAAAACAUGCUCUUUUAAUCUGAGAUUGUAUUUAUUAUUAUUAUUAUUAUUAUUAUUAUUAUUGGAACAGAAAUGUGUGAUUUAUUGCGACCAAUGUGUAAAUUAAUCUUUGAAUAAAAAUGUAGGAGGCGAGACACAAAUUCUCUUCUUUUUUUAAAUUUGUUUUUAAUUUAAUUCCUUAUAUAAAUAUAUAUUUUCUUUAAUUUAAAAUAAUAAUAAAAAUCACCCAAAUUCGAUUCGAAAAAAACACAGUUAAAUGAAACGAAAUAAUCGGAGGCGAGCCCGGAGAGCCAACUUCUGCACAGUGCUGUAAAUGUAUAUCUGUACAUAUGAUUUCUAUAUUUAUUCAAUGAACAGUUAGUGUCCCUGACGUGUCAACAACAACAAAAAAAAAACAAACAACAAAAACCAGUGGAACGUUGUCGAGAAUCUUGUUUUCAUAAUGUUUAAUAAAAAGUUCUGUCCCAACACA